UUUUUAUUGCAAAUAAUUCUUAAUUGAGAAAUUGAGUCGGCUGAUGGGCAGACACCCCAGGAUUGCGUGUGGCGCCCUGCCUCUUCUGGGGUGAGGUACUACGACACCGCUGGCGUCACUCAAACCCUCGGAACUGAGCCUCUACUUCAGUCAUCCUCUUUGAUUGGAAUAUUGUAAUUACACAGCACAUAACCUUCCAAGAAACCAAACAAACCUGUAAAACGUGGAUUGACACGCCAAAACAAAAUAAAACACAAUACUGUAAAGCACAUCUCUGUUGAGAUUUACAAAUAUGUGUUUGUAGUUGUCAAUGAUGAUUUAAUCGCGAACAAUGGAGUCCAGUAAAAUUGAAGAAUUGGAAAAUUACAUGGUCCUGGAAAACAGUGAUACAAAUUAUAAGUUUUUAACUCAGGAUGAAGGGAAUAAUCACAGAAGUGUCAUCACUCCAAACAAGAGUGAUUCUGAAGACAUUGACGUUCUUUGCAGGGCCUGUGCUAAUUCUCAUAGUCAUUUAGUGCCUAUUUUCGAGGGGAAAGGGCUUCAGCUCAAUUUAGCUACGAAGAUACAUAAGUAUUUUCCUAUUCAAGUGACUGAAAAUGACACUUUACCCACACAAUUGUGUAAUGACUGUACACUUACAAUCAUCGGUUUCAAUGAUAUCGUUGAAGGAUGCUUGGAGGCAGAGCAGAAGCUCAUUCAGCUGCAGGAGUAUAAAAUCAAAAGAAAAUCAGAGGAAAGAAAGGAAGUUGUCUCACUUGAAAAGGUUGAAGCUAGAAAAGAUCCUCAAGAAGAUGAAAUAGAAAUUCAAGAGGAGCAGAUCGUCGUUGAAGUCCUGACCGAUAACUGUGGAGAAAAUUCACAGGAGACAGACUUAGCUAAGACGGAAACAAAACAAUCCUUGACGAAGAGAACCUCCACUAUUCAAAGAGUACGGAGAACCAAAAAGGUCUCAAAAAUCCAGACGCCAAUGAGUACAACACCACGAAUCCGCUUAACAUGUAAGGAUGAAUCUUUGACGGAGAACAAGGAUAACCCUCCAGGUAUCUCAGAUCCUUUGCGAACGCCAAAAACCUCCUCGAAUACCAAAAAAACAUGUCAGAGAGCCACUCGAACACGUUUAAGACCACAACCCUACUUCUGCAUUCACUGCAAUUUCUCUACGAAGCGAAAGAAAACCCUCACCAUUCAUAUGUGUGAGAGCCAUCCGGAGCUAUCCGUCACCACCAAGAAAGGCUCCAUCGCCAAUAAAGAGUGUAUCGAGACUGCACGAAUGGAGGUCGAUGGAAAAAUCUAUUACCAUUGCAAUGAUUGUGGGAAAAAUCUUUUUUCACCAUAUACAUUCUCCUGGCACAUGAGAAUUCACACUGGAGAGCGCCCUUUCACCUGUCACUUAUGUGGCAAGCAAUUUCGAGUGAAUCAGGGAUUGGCUAGACACUUGAAGGAGACUCACGCAAGGAUAAAGAAUUUCCCGUGUGACAUCUGUAAUAGAAUGUUCGCUACGAAAAGAAAUGUUGAGGAUCACCGGAGAAUUCAUACUGGAGAACGUCCGUACGUCUGCAAUGUUUGCGGGAAGACCUUUAAACAAAAAGCCUCAUUAUUUGUGCAUAAUAGAACACACAGUGAUAUUUUUCCCUUCAAGUGUAAUUAUUGUGAGCAAGUUUUUAGGACAAGACCGGCGCUGAUGGUGCACGUCACUAAACAUACGGGGGAGAAACCCCACUUGUGCGACGUUUGCGGGAGGGCUUUUAGGAUCAAAUAUGAACUGAAACGUCAUCGAUUGAUUCACUCCGAUGAAAAACCGUGGGAGUGUGCCGAUUGUGGAUUAGGAUUUAGACAGAAGCGUUACUUGGUUAAUCAUAGGAAAAAUCAUGCAAAUGCUGCUGAAGGCAAUUAAAAUAGCUCCACGUUUUUGUAAUUAUUAUUUAUUCAUAAUUAACUAAUUGUCAAUGUCCAUCUUGAUCCCCCCCCCCCAAAUUGUAAUUUUUGUGAGUUAAAAGGCACCCCUUUUCGAUAAAAAAUUAGAGAUACUCAGUUGUGACUCGAACCCACAGUUUCACAAUUCCAGUCUAUUACUCUUCUCUUUUUUAUUUUUUCUAAUGUUCAUUUAUCAACUGGUAUAUUAUAUAUUGAGGAUACAUGUGUCGAAUAAACCACUAAAAGAACACACUGAACUUGAGGACUUACAUGGCUAUAAAUAUAUUCUUCUCAUAAGCUAAAGUGUAAGGGAAUUCGGAUGUAACUGAUUUUAUUAUUUGACGAUGUGUCAAUUCAGUAGGUUAUUUUGUUAGGGUCCUAAGUCCUUUUAGUCAAUGGAAAUAGUUCAGUUUGGCCCGUUACUCUUCCAAUAACUCUCAUCUUUUCAAACUCAUACCUCGCCGUCUAUUCAUCAUUAGGUAAUCACAGCAUUUCAUUGCUGAGCAAGCUAUGCCAGACAAUUACCAAACAUUUUAAGAGGUGACGAGCUGUUGAUAAAUUUUGAAGAUCUUCGUUGACGCUCAGCUGAUUUAGCGGCUUUUGGUAGUUCAUGGCAUCAAUUACAAUGAAAGAUUUCCUCCCACAUUACAUUGAGGCAGAAUUCUUUCGACAAUAAAUGAGUUGGAAGUUAAAUAAAUGAAUGAGUUAACUUACGGGGAACGGAGAAACUUGAAGGAAUCCACACCUGAUGCAGAUACUAAAUAAAUGAGAUGAAUAAUUAAUGAAGAAUCUAGAGUGUUGAGCGCCAGCUAGUUGUAUUGACAAAUUAGCAAACAGUAAAUGAAGUAGAAAUGAAUGAUGAAAUGAAAGAUGAAAUACAAUGGUCGUUUCCAUUGGGCAGACCCAAAUAAUUUGAAAGGAUUAGAAAUUGAAUGUGGCAACUGAAAAUAUAUAAUUAUUUGCUGCCAUAAUACUGUAAUAAUAAACUGGUGAAUUGGACCAAAAAAUGGAGUCCCAAUUACAGACAUUUUCGACAAAAAUAACAGUAUCUAACGUGAUCAUAAAUCGUCACCAUAAAUAAACAGUCGAAUUAAUGGUUUUAUUAGAAUCAAACAUAAUUAUAAUUAGUUUGGUAAAUAUAAAAAAAUAAUGGUUUUGGUGGCAAUCUGUCGGGGUUUUACAUAUGUCGCGCUAUCAGGAGCCGUUGUCCUCUCCAACCACGUAAUUUUGGGAAGAGAUUUUCCAACUCCAACUACUUUCCCUCCACAAACAUGAAAGACAUCAAUUUCGAUGGAUUUCCAAAAUUUGGAAGAAGUGUGAUAGCAAGACUAGAAUUGAAGACCACUUCAAAUGAGAAUGCGAGUGUGUAGCCUCUUGACUCAUAUCAUAAAAACGAAAAGAAAACUAUUAUUAACCACAAUAUUCACACAAUCGUCUGGAUGAGAUGCCGUCAAUAAAGAGAGAGAUUGUUGCACAUGCGGGAAAUAUUCUAAAAACGUAGAGAAUAAAAAAAAAAUGAAAUUAUGACAAAAAUACUGGAGAAGUCUCA